AUGGGCACCAUAUUCCUCAAACCAGACUUCGAACUCGUGCAUUCGAGCGAGACAGACAUCAAGAUCGCGUCCAUUGCUUGGGGCUGGCAACUCGGAUUCAGUGUCUUGACUGCCGCAAAGGCCGCCGCGCAGGCCAUCCGAAUAUGGAGGCGAACAGACCGAGUGACAGGAUAUGUGAUCAUGGUGUGGGCAGAGAUUCUCAGCAACGUGAUCUGGGGACUGCUCACCUGGCUAUACUUGAAUGCCAUCAUUCCGCCUUCCUUCACUCUCUUCUUCGUUAUCGUUUUGCUUUGGUGCAUUGAGCUACACUGUCUGGUGCAGAUCAUUGUCAAUCGACUGUCGCUGCUCAUACACUGUCCGACACGGAUAUCCUGGAUCAAGUGGGGUUGCUUUGGAUACAUCUGCCUCUUUAACACCACAGUGAUGAUCAUCUGGAUACCCGCUCAGCUUCAGUACCAGCCAUGGCACAAGAUUAACCUGGUCUGGGAUCGUGUCGAAAAAGGGGCGUUCUUGAUUCUCGAUGUCAGUCUGCAUGUCUACUUCGUAUACCUCGUCAAGACGAAGCUCAUUUCCGGCGGCCUUCGGAAGUACUGGCCAUUGUUCCGGUUUAAUGUGGCCACGAUAUUUAUUUCGGUUUCAAUGGACGUUCUGAUCAUUGCGAUGAUGUCGAUGCAUAAUCCUCUGAUGUAUAUGCAGUUUCACCCAGUGGCAUACAUGAUUAAACUGAACAUCGAGAUGAAUAUGGCUCAUCUGAUCGGCAAGAUAGCACGGUCACACGAUAAUUCGAGCUUUGAGCUCAGCGACGCCACAAGUGCUCCGUCCCGACAGGUUGAUGCAACAAAGGAGCGUGUGAUCGGCGCAGGUGGAGGAUACUCCCUAGCAAAGUCUUCCGUCCCCAUGAACAAGUUCCGGCUUGGCAGCAUUGGCUUGAAAGGCUUCGAUCCUUCGAUGUCAGAGGUCGCAGACUAUCCCAGCGACCGGUAUGCUGCGUGGGUAACCUCUGCACCCCACGGUGCAGACCUGACCAGAGACUCCUACGUUCGGGACAAGAGAACCUUGCGGCGCUCUAGCAAGUGGAGGAAGACCAAGUCGGACGACACCGUGCUGCUGUCUUCUCUCAGCUUGUCCAGGAUCAGCAAGGACACAGAUGUGACGGUCGUUGCAGAAGAUGCUAGUGACGAGGUAGAGCCUACCAACGGAUGGCGAGGAGAUAAUGCGCUGGUGUGA